GGUGUGGCUAGAGGGGCGGGAGACACCUGUUGUUUUACAGAUGGAGGCUCUUGUUUGCUGGCAUAAACAUCGAUUGGGGUACUUUAUUGGAUAUUUGUGUUAAAGUGCUGGACUUUUGGCUGUCGAAACGCAGCCAUCACUUAUCACAAACGCGUUUCAGAGGCGUUCGCCAGGUGCUGCUGCCGUCACCGCGUCUGAUUUGUACUUCGUCCAGACAGAUGUCCAGUAAGAAGUGGUUCCUGAUUUUUCUCCUGGUUCCAGGAACUGCUUUACUACUGUAUCUUUCUUAUACCCCUAUGACAAAAGGGCAAGAGGAGAAAAAAUCACAAAGGUACCCUCCUGCAAAACAACAAAGCACAGCAGCACCAAGGAAGGAUCCUGUAAAAGAAGAACCAGAAAUGGACACUGUCCAAGAAGAACCAGGGUUGUACCAUGUGGCUUAUCCCCGAAAAUACAGAUUUAUCAUUGACCAGCCAAAGAUAUGUGAACAGCAAAAACCCUUCGUGGUGGUUAUGGUCCCUGUGCCUCCUGGCGACGCUGAAGCGCGCAGUGGCAUCAGGAGGACGUGGGGUGGAGAAAAGGUUGUUGGGGACAAAGUGGUUGUGGUGCUGUUUAUUAUGGGCUUACACAGUGGAAACGAUGAAGAAACAUUGCAGGAGCAACUCCGGAAUGAGAGCCAGCAGUACAAAGACCUUCUCCAGAGCAACUUCCUGGAUUCCUAUAAGAAUCUGACCAUUAAAACCAUGAUGAUGAUGGAAUGGCUCAGCAGGAAUUGUCAACAGGCGUCCUUUGCUGUGAAAGUGGACGCUGACGUGCUCCUUAACAUGAACAAUCUAAUAAAUAUGCUUGUGAGUCUGAACCCAGUACCAGCCAACUAUAUGACCGGGCUAGUGUGGUACGCAAGCCCUGUCAUUCGAAAUCCGUUCAACAAGUUUUUCCUUCCCUACGGUGUGUACCCCAGAAACGCAUAUCCGCCGUAUCCUCUAGGCAUGUGUUACAUCAUUUCUUUGGACCUGCCACAGAAAUUUAUACAGGAAUCGAAGCACAUUAAACCCAUAUAUAUAGAGGAUGCAUAUCUUGGCAUGUGUUUGGAGAAUUUGGGUAUCGUCCCAACCAAACCGCCAAAUAUAGAACAGUUUGUGGUGACACCACCGCAGUACAAUCGCUGUUACUAUUCUGGAUUGAUAGCUAUACUUACGGACAACACAAAUCGGAUGACGUCCUUUUGGAUAGAUAUUCAUUCAACCAGCAAUCCAUGCUGAGGUGGAAACAUCCCAAAUAGGAUAUACUGCAAUAUUAUGUGUCUGAAUUUUCUUGUGCUUGUGCGUGUGUGUUUGAGCAUUUUAUUUGUUUCAAGUGAAACCAUGCAUCAUGCAGUAUCCAACUCAGGAACAAAGACACAAGUAUUACAUGUAAAAACAUGUAUUUUUUAUGAUUAUUUAAAGUUCAAGACAUGUCAAAGAAUAAGAAUUCAUCAAGGGAAAAACAAUGGAACCGUUAUUACACAGUUUUCUGAAUUGAAUAAUUAAAUAAUAAUUUGCUUGUUGAUGUGUUCUCGUCUUUACCAAACAAAA